UUAGUGUCGUCUGCUUUUGUUUGUUGCAAGUUGCGAAAAAGACAAUGUUUUAAAAUGCAUAAUGAAACAGGACGUUUACUUUGACGGAAACGUACUCGUGGGUGCAAGGAAAAUAGCACAUCGUAUACAAAUACAAAAGCCUGGUCGGCGUGUCAACUGUACUCUGCCGGCGUCUCUUGAUAGAAUCGCUUAACACACACUCCAUCCUGUUCAUAGCAGAUUUGAGGCCUGAGCCAGCCAUCGUAACCACAAGAUAUGAAGUUUUUCUUUUGCUGGUAUUGACCAGUCAUCAGCUUCAAUCUCAGCAUCAUCACUUUGGGAUUGGAUAAACAGCAUCCCGUUUGGAGAAACUACCGAUGUCGGUCGAAUUCUUCUUAAUUUCUUUUAAUCCCCUCUAUCCUUGUGUACACCAGUGCGUGAGUGUAUUCACGAGGACGUCCUUUCUUGUGGAUGCAUAUUUUCCAGGCUUAAAGCAAUGUGCAACUAGAAAAUUUUCCGAGCAAGAGGGACCUGCACGCUACGGCUACACCUGUGCACCUUCUCGUUUAUUAAGAAAAUGAACAGUAACUUUAAACUUGAAUUCUCCCCCGUGCAUUUGUUUUUCUCUUUUGAUGUUCAAACGGGUUGGAUUCUUACACAAGGAUCUUGGCGUUUCUGACUCAUUUUUAUUCAAAAUUGGACGUUUCCAUACUUUCCAAAGUGAAUGGACUAGUAGUACACCUCGGAGUGAAAUCGAUAGCAUGGUGUUGGAGAUAUUGGGCCGUUUAUUCAAAUGUGACCACAACUCGAGACAAUUUCCUUAAAUAGAAAAUAGGAUAAACUGUGCGGAGCUGUUUUCCCUUUAUUCGUUUUCUUUUUCCGUCAGCAGGUGACACAUUCCUUUUUACUCUGCAAGGAUUUUCAUUCUUGUUUUCUUUUCUUUUUAAAAGGGCGUUUCCAAGAUGAAUUGGCUGGUCCAACAGGUGAAAUCUAUCGGCAUUCCUGCACCUGUUUACCUCCCACAUGGUCUCGGAACGAUAGGAAUAAGUGUCACGUGAGAGCGGUAGUGAAAACAACACUUGGAUAAGGCAAACUUGUUUGUUCAACAAGUUUCUUCGCCUCGGAGGGUGCGGUGCAACACAAUUCACGCGUAAUCACGUAAUCGAGUGAUCUGGUAUGGAAGCGCGUAAUAAGAUGAAGGAAAUAAAGACGGUAACCAACAAUCUCUUCGCCUACUGGUUUCAACUGCUUCGAGAAGUUAAACGCCAUCAUUUCCAAGACAGUUUUUCUGUUGUUUUUUCGGCCCGCCAUGACCAGAACACUGCAAGAGAUUAUACGUGCAAUCAAGUUCAACCAAACAAACCAAAUGGUAGCCUAUAAUGAAAUUCGAAAAAGGAUGCCAAUCUAGCCAAAAAAUCUAUCAACCACCAAUCUGAGAUACAAACCAAACGUGCUGGACAUCACGUAGUUCCUCUCCUGUGGCAAAAUAUGGGGAUGCAUAGAAUCAUCACGUGAGCCAUUACAACUGUCUGCCAUCUCUCUCUCUCUCCCAGCCGAGAGUCUGUGACUAUAAAAGGCAACUGGGAAUGUUAGAGAAGACAUCACUUAGCUGACUGAUACUUCCAGAGCUAAACUCUUCUUAACUCGCAGCAAUGGCUUUCAAACUAGCCCUUCUCUUCGGCGUGAUCGCUUUCGCCAGCGUUUAUGUGUCUGCAACCACGACGACCACCGUCACCACUUCCGUCACCACCGUCUCGGCCGAUGAUGACAGCGAGGGUGGACUCUCGUUGAGCUCUCAUGACCGCAGUGUCAUCCGCAAGACCUGGGACCAGGCCAGGAGAGACGGCGAUGUUCCUCCUCAGAUUCUCUUCCGCUUCAUCAAGGCUCACCCCGAAUACCAGAAGAUGUUCAGCAAGUUCGCCAGCGUUCCCCAAAACGAACUGUUGACCAACGGAAACUUCUUGGCCCAGGCCUACACCAUUUUGGCCGGUUUGAACGUCGCCAUCCAGUCCCUGUCCAGCCAGGAGCUGAUGGCCAGCCAACUCAAUGCUCUCGGUGGAGCCCACAAGCCCCGUGGUGCUACUCCCAUCAUGUUCGAGCAAUUCGGUGCCGUCCUCGAGGAAGUCCUCGCUGAAGAGUUGGGCAGCUCCUUCAACGCUGAGGCCAAGAGCGCCUGGAAGAACGGACUUACCGCUUUGGUUGCCGGCAUCUCCAAGACCCUGAAGAACCCACAAGAUUUGGCUGAUCCCCAGACCAAAUUGUCUGCCCGCCAAGUUCGUGACGUCCAGAGGAGCUGGGAAAACAUCAGAAGUGGCCGCAACGCUAUGGUCUCUUCCAUCAUGAUCAAGCUCUUCAAGGAGACUCCCCGCAUCCAGAAAUACUUCACCAAGUUCGCCAAUGUCCCAGUGGGAUCUUUGAGCGGCGACGCCGAGUACAACAAACAAGUCGCCCUGGUCGCUGACCGUCUGGACACCAUCGUCUCGGCUACCGGCGAUAAACUUCAACUUUUGGGCAACAUCAACUACAUGCGCUACACCCACGCCGCCCGUAGCAUUCCCCGUAGUGCUUGGGAGGACUUUGGCCGUCUUCUGAUGGAGUCUUUGUCUGCCAGCGGUGUCUCCUCUGACGAUUUGGCUUCCUGGAAGGGCGCUUUGGGUGUCCUUGUCAACGGAAUCUCUCCCAAGAAUUAAGACACAUUUUCUUGGGUCCGCAUUCAAGCAAUGACACGGAAUGGAAGAGAAAUCAUUUCCCGCCCAUUUUAUUCAUCGAUGUUCUUUUCUUUUUCAAAUACAAUUAGUUAAGCAAUCCAAA